AUGAAGUUCUUCGUUCCCGCCCUUCUCCUCGCUGCCACUGCCAUGGCUUUGCCUGGCCACCCUGGCUCUAGCAACGAGGUCAGCCCAUCCUCCGACAACCAGGUUAAGAAUGUCGUCAACCAGUGUGCAAACACUGGCGAUGUCAAGUGCUGCAACAAGGUCAACAAGAACGAGGACGUUACCCAGAACAACGUCGGUCUCCUGUCCAACGUCCUCGGUGCCAUCGGCAGUGAGGGCCUUGGUCUCGGACAAGGCUGCACCUCCUUGAACAUUCCCGUCAAUGUUAUCGGUGCCGCCGGUCUCACUGACUUCCUGAAGAAGAACUGCCAACAGGAAGUUGCUUGCUGCCAGAACAGCAACUCCCAGGCCAACAACAACCUUGUUGGCGUCGCACUUCCCUGCGUUAGCUUCGGCAGCCUUCUCUAA